AUGUUUAUUUUAGGCGCAGGACCAGCUGAAAAAAAUACAACUACUGCUUCUCGCACAACAAGCUUUAUCGUUCCAGCAGUGCUUUUGCCGUCCAUACAGCAUUUUGAGAAGUAUUACCAAGCAUCACAUAAUGGUCGUAAGCUAACUUGGCUCUAUAAUCUUGCAAAUGCCGAAGUGAAAUUGAAUUAUUUGGACAAGGCGUAUCAAGUGACAAUGAGUGUGCAUCAGCUUGCAAUUCUUCUGUGUUUUGAAAACGAAAAUUCACUUAAAAUGGAUUAUUUGGAAAAAGCGACAGGUCUUUCGGGUGAACUGCUCUUUCGAAAUAUCCGUGCUCUCGCUGACUCAAACAUUUUAUCCACUGCCGAUAAGAACGCGAUAAAUGAAGGUACGGAGGUGGCGCUGAAUUUGCAGUUGUCAUCGAAGCGUCUGCGAUUCAGAGUUAAUACGCCACAGCUAAACCGACAUACUUCUUCGAAUAUAGCGUGA